AUGGGCUGGAUAUCUCGUUACGGCAAACGGCAGAACGACCUCGCUCCGCCUACACCGCAACCCAUUCGCUUCAAGCAUAUCGUUGUCGGCCUCAUCUUGCUCCUAAUUUUCGGCGGAGGCAUUGCGUGCUUCCCUCUGACACUCAUCUACGUACCAAAACCUCAACUCACGGAGUACAUGCCAAAGGGAAUCUACUGUGCGAUAUGCGAGGAGAUUUGGCUACACAAUCGCGAUUUGUUCAAUCGCGAGGACAUGUUCUGCUAUGGGCCGCCUGUCUAUGACCGCCCGACUAGUAAAGAUGAUGAGGUUAUGUUCAGUGGGGAGAAGAGGUGUUGGGCGUUGAAAAAGUGGCAUGACCGUUGGAUGCGUCCCAUUCAGGUCACGGAUGAGGAAACGAAGAAAUGGAACAGGAUUAGAGGUGGAUCUUGGCCUUGA